CGUGCAUGGAACAGGUAGCGUAGCCAUGGCAGCAAAUGUUUCGCUUUCCAGAAGGUCCUUCCGGGAUUUCAUCAGGAUUCUGACGCCCGCGGCGAGCGCCGGCCAGGAGACCUGCGACCCUGUAACUUGCUUCAUGGCCAAUAGUCUGCGCGGCCUGCAGUGGCAGUUCGAGCCAGAGUUCAAAGUCCUGUACUUCAGCGUGCAGCCGCGGGGCGGCGCCCGCGAGCACGUCUACCGGUCCAUCAACCUGUGCAAGCGCUGUUCGCCGUAUAGGUUCUGGCAUUCCAUGGAAACCCUCCGCCAAAGGCACCCAGACGCAAAAAUAAUUCUGUCCGUACACCAAGGGAAGGAGUAUUACUCGUACUACACCGUGUGCCCCUGGAGGAAGGACCUGUACGGGCACAUGGCCGACCUCGCUGUCAGCGAGACGCUGGAUGUGCCUCAGCUGCUGGACCGCUACAGCGCUCUCUUCAGUAAUUCUACACAAAGAAAAGCUCGGAAGAAAAAGAAACAAUGAUACUUUCGAGUUUAACUUUUCUUCUCUUAUGUCUGCUGGUUAGAUAGUCUUUAUGCGGUGCAAAUUGUUUUGGAAGAACUACUGCUUCUAGCUUCCAAACGAGAGGUAAUCCUGGCUAUGGUUUUAAGAUACAUAAUAAAAAUCUUGUUAGACUGAAAACGACA